CCGGAGGAGCGGUGUGGGGUUGGCGGCGGAGGUUCAGGCGGUGGCGUUGGCGUUGGCGGCGGCUUCGUGACCACCGACAGGACUGGGCCUCGGGAGGGCCUUCGGGAGCCUCGGGGGCGGCGGCCAACACCUCGCGGCCAAAAUGAAGUCGAGAUUCAACACCAUCGACAUCCGAGUCACAGUGUCGGAGCUCCAGAGUUAUUUAGGGAUGAGGGUAAACAAUGUUUACGAUGUGGACAACAGAACGUAUCUCAUUCGAGUACAAAAGCCUGAUUUGAAAGCUAUUAUUUUAAUUGAAUCUGGAAUUCGGAUUCACACAACAGAGUUUGAAUGGCCAAAGAACAUGAUGCCAUCCGGCUUUGCAAUGAAGUGCCGUAAGCAUCUAAAAUCGCGCCGUUUGAUCAGCGUUAAACAGCUUGGGGUCGACAGGAUUGUAGAUUUUCAGUUUGGAUCUGAUGAUGCAGCUUACCACUUGAUUGUUGAACUGUACGACAGAGGUAAUGUCGUUCUCACAGACCAUGAAUAUACAAUUCUUAAUCUCCUGCGUUUCCACACCAACGAAGCAGAUGAUGUGAAAUUUGCUGUUCGAGAGCGAUACCCAGUGGAUAAAGCCAAAGGUCCAGAGCCUCUGCUAAGCCUGGAGAGGCUGACAGAAAUUUUGUCUAAUGCACCAAAUGGAGAACAAUUGAAGAGAGUUCUUAACCCUCACCUACCCUAUGGAGCAACACUGAUUGAGCACUGUCUGACUGACGUUGGAUUCUCUGGUAGUGUUAAAGUAGACGAAGAUUUUGAUUUGUCUAAAGAUGGAGAAAAACUUCUGGCAGCUCUUCAGAAAGCUGAAGAAUUCAUGGAAAUGAGUAGUAACUUUAAUGGAAAGGGUUAUAUUAUACAGAAACGAGAGCAAAAGCUCAACUUGGAUCCAGGCAGUCCCCCUGAAGAGCUACUAACCUAUGAGGAGUUUCAUCCGUUCCUUUUUGCACAGAAUGCGAAAAGUUUGCACGUCGAAUUUGACUCCUUCAAUAAGGCAGUUGAUGAGUUUUAUUCAAAGCAAGAAAGUCAGAAAAUAGAUAUAAAGGCUUUACAUCAGGAGAAACAAGCAUUAAAGAAACUGGAUAAUGUUCGUAAGGAUCAUGAGAAAAGGUUGGAAUCCUUACAGGCAAAUCAGGAAAUCGAUAAAGUGAAGGGAGAGUUAAUCGAGAUUAAUCUGACCAUGGUCGAUAAAGCCAUCCACGUGAUACGCAGUGCCCUAGCAAAUCAGAUCGACUGGACGGAAAUCGGAAACAUUGUAAAAGAAGCACAGGCUCAAGAUGACCCAGUGGCCUGUUCCAUUAAAGACCUGAAGCUGCAAACCAACCAUAUCACUAUGCUGCUGAAGAACCUAUACGUUACGACUGAUGAGGAAGAUCAACAGGGCGUCGAUGUGGAGGAAGAAGUGGGAAUAGAAGAAGUGAAAGGCAAGAAGAAAAAGAACAGAAACAAGCAGCAAAAGAAAAUGCCGCAGAAGAACAAGCCCAUGUUAGUGGACGUGGAUCUCAGUUUAUCUGCAUACGGCAAUGCAAAAAAAUACUAUGACCACAAAAGAUUUGCAGCUAAGAAGGAACAGAAGACCGUUGAAGCAGCAGAAAAGGCAUUCAAAUCUGCAGAAAAGAAGACAAAAAAGACAUUAAAAGAAGCUCAAACGGUCAUUACUAUCCAGAAGGCCAGGAAAGUGUAUUGGUUUGAGAAGUUCUUGUGGUUUGUCAGCAGUGAAAAUUACCUGGUGAUAGCUGGUCGAGACCAGCAGCAAAAUGAGAUCAUUGUGAAACGAUACCUUAGAUCAGGUGAUGUUUAUGUGCACGCUGACCUUCAUGGUGCAACUAGCUGUGUCAUCAAGAACCCAACAGGGCAGCCACUUCCACCACGUACAUUAAUGGAAGUGGGCACAAUGGCAGUGUGUUACAGUGCAGCAUGGGACGCUCGUGUAAUAACAAGUGCUUGGUGGGUCUACCAUCAUCAGGUAUCAAAAACUGCACCUACAGGGGAAUAUCUGACAACAGGAAGUUUUAUGAUCAGAGGUAAAAAGAACUAUCUCCCACCUUCCUAUCUUAUGAUGGGAUUCGGCUUCUUGUUUAAGGUCGACGAGGAAUGUGUUUGGCGACACAGGGGUGAACGGAAGGUGAAAGUGCAGGAUGAAGAUAUGGAGUCAGUGACCAGUACCACGACUGAACUAUUUUCUGAAGAAACUAUACCUUUAGCCGAAUCAGAUAAUGAGAGCAGUAGUGACGAGGACAAAGAACUCGGUACGAAGACUGAAAGUGAGCAGUGUGAGGAAAUCUCAGCACAAGCAGAAGACCAACAGGAACACUCAGAAGCUGAAUCAGAGGAAAAAGAAGAGGGUGAUUUAGAGAAUGACGUGAACGACCCUGAAGAGUCCCAGAUAUCGGAGACUGAGGAAAACGACGCAGAAGAAUCGAGGGAUGAAUUCAACUAUCCUGAUACAACUAUUGAUCUGUCCCAUCUUCAAGCCAAGAGGCCUAUGCAGAUGCACAUCAAAGUGCCCGAUGAACUGAUUGAACAAGUUGAUGGAAAAUCACAAAGCAGAAAACAUCUAUCAACCAAAGAAAGAAAAGAAAUGAAGAAAAAGAAGAAACCUGAAACCGAUUACUGUGAAUUCACAGACCAAUCUAAAGACAGGAAAACAGCAUCUGUAGGAGACGAGGAUGCUACAUUACCUGGGUCGAUCCAGCAGCCUUUGAAAAGGGGACAGAAGGCUAAAUUGAAGAAGAUUAAAGAAAAAUACAAAGAUCAAGAUGAGGAAGAUCGUGAACUAAUGAUGAAAUUACUAGGGGCAGCAGGUUCAAGUAAAGAAGCUAAGGGGAAGAAAGGAAAAAAGGGAAAAACAAAAGAAGAUUGUUUGAAAAAAAUCCACCAGAAAGGAAAGAUUGCGCUAAAAGGAGCCAAUGUUAAGCUGAAAGGACAGGCGGUGUAUGUAGUAACACAUCUUGAGGCAGAUGGUGCUCUCGAGGCUACAGCAACUGCAGAAGACCAGGAAGAUCAAGAGGAACAUGAGCAAGACCAGCAAGCAGUUGAGGAGGGUCAAAAUUUACUGAACUCAUUGACUGGACAACCUCACCUGGAGGAUGUGUUGCUCUUUGCUGUACCACUCUGUGCACCAUACACUGCCAUGACUAACUACAAGUACAAGGUGAAGCUUACCCCUGGCACACAGAAGAAAGGGAAAGCCGCUAAAACUGCCCUGCACAGCUUCAUGCAUUCCAAGGAUUCUACAUCACGGGAAAAAGAUCUAUUCCGCAGUGUAAAGGACACUGACUUGUCGAGAAAUAUACCUGGCAAAGUGAAGGUUUCAGCACCUAACUUAUUGGCAUUAAAACGGAAAUAACCACAGAGGAUUGAUGCUUUCUCUGGGACUGUAUGUAUGGAGUAUUUAAUGAUGAGUGCAGAAGAGCUGAUUUGUUGGGAAUUCUUUAAUAAUAAUCAGAAUUAAGCAUGCAUUCUUGUUCUUUGCUUUAUAAUAAUACAUAAAUCUUACGUUUAUCAAUCAAAGACAGUAUUCACAGGAACUCACUCUUCCAGGCUUUUACUGGUGAAUUACCAAAGUAUUUGACCAUGCUGCCAAAAUCCCACACAUUCAAAUAAUUUUUGUUCCUUUAAUGUUCCUUUUUUGUUGAAAUAAAAUGAUAUUCUUUGUACUGCUACAGUUAAUGGCUAAAACUGUUAGAAAAACUACUUUUGAAAAGAGUAAUUAAUGAAACUGAAACAUUAAAUUUUUAUCGCAAUUAUUUAUAGUA